GAAAGCCGUUAACGGUUUAACGGCAAUAAUCAGCAAAAGUUGCAAGCUUGAUCUUUCUUUUCUCAUAUCUACCCAUUUUUUUACUUUCUCCUGUUCUUUUUCUUACAUUUAAUAAUUUAACAGCCCAAAAGUUAUUAAACUGAAUCUUCAACGAAUACAAGAAGAAGAAGAUAUUAAAAAGAAAAAGUUAGCAAAUUUUCACAGAAUUUCAAUCUAAUUGUAGAAAUGAGGACAGAGACCAAAGCCAAUUUAGUUAAGAUGAAGCCCAGUGGUCAACAUGGUUCUUCAAAGGGAAAGUUUGAUACAGCUAUGAACAAGAGGAAGCUUGAAAGCUCCAGUAAACAGCCUGUUGGUGCAAAGCAAAAAUCUGCAACUACAAAAGCAAAGGUAAAAUCGAAAACAAGUUCAAGUUCAUCAAAAACAAGUACAACCACAAAAGCUAAAGUUAGGGAAAAGAAGGUUUAUACUUUGCCUGGCCAGAAACAUGAUCCUCCCGAAGAGAGGGAGCCGUUACGAAUAUUUUACGAGUCGUUGUUGAAACAGAUACCAACAAGUGAAAUGGCAGAAUUUUGGAUGAUGGAACAUGGCUUGUUGUCCCCCGAAAAAUCCAGAAAAGCAUAUGAAAAGAAGCAGAGAAGGCAGAAGCAGCUUCGGACCGGCACUCCGAUUAAAUCUUGGAAACCGAGUGGCAAACCCGAGAGUUCACAGAAGGAGCAGCUGGCCUCGAGGAAUGGAGAUGUAAAAGCCAAGAAAAGAAUCAACAAUGAUAUCGAUGACGAUGAUGAUGACGACGACUUCAUUUUAAGUCCCAAGAGAAGGAAAGGCAGUGGAUAGAAAUUGUAUUUAUGACAAGAAAAAACAAGCUCGAAGAUCAUCAUGGCUGCAUCAUGGAGGUCGAGGAUAGAAGCAUCAUCGAGUUACUUAAAGCCGCAAUGGCAGGUAAGAGUGUACUGAGUAGAACUACAUGAACUGAAUAUGAAAAUUUUGGAGAAAUGGUGAUUAUAAUAGAAGAAAGAUCAUGACCAGGUCCCAUGCUUGCCUUAUGUAUGAUGAAUGUAUAGAUCUCCAUGUAUAAGGCUGCACUAGUCUGCAAUGCACAUGAAUACCAUGUGAAUUAACAGAAUUUUUUUUAAUUUUGUAUUUUUUAUAUUAAGAUUAUCAAAGAGAUGAAUAGGUGACCUCAGUUAUUCAGGUCCCACUUAGUAGCAUAGAAUUAAUGAAUACAAUAGGCAGUACAUGUGACAAGGUGAAGAAGCUGCAUGGUCCAGAUUGUUGGCAUUGGUUUUCUUCUUCACGAUGACCAGCCUCAACAGAAGGGUGAAUGUCUGAUCCCCUACUCAUAGUAGCUGUCGUCAGUGCUGUGCACGUGUUGAGAGAGCCCUUAUGAUGAGGAUAUCUAAGGCCCUAUGACUGAUAUCUAGGCUAGACGGUGGAGGCCUCACUCGCUACCUUCAGCCCUAACACACUUAGACCAACUGUUACUCCGCUCAACUUCACCCCAACCUCAAACACUUCCAAUCACCGUUCCGGUCACAACCCUUUUCGUUAGAAGCUCUCAGCCAUCACUAUCCAAGACAUCAACAAGUAUGAAAAUGAAGUAUGCAUCCAUGCAUGUAUGUAUGUAUGUAUGUAUGUAUGAGAAAAGGAUAAAUUAUGGCAGACUAGGCAAUGGAAUGCUCUUUAAAGAAGAAAACUCAUGGACAGCUAGGACUGCAAAUAUACCUGUGUUAUGGACAAGGAAAAAUAUUUGUCGUUUAUUUGGAUUAUGGCCCAAAUAGUAAAUAGAGAUGGUGCUGUUAUUUCUUUUGAUUA